CAGGCGGGACCAACUCCGCGCUGAAGGAGUGCUUCCGGGGCAGAAGGAGCAGCUUUUCGGCAGCCGUGGCGCCGGCAAUGAUCUAAUCAUGUCAGAUAAAGAUGACAUUGAGACUCCAGUGAUAACUGAACCAGCUGCCAUCCUUGAAGAUGGGAACUGUGAGCCAGCCAAGAAUUCUGAGUCUGCUGACCAAAGUGCCAAGCCAGAGGAUAAAUCGGAACCUGUAGUUUUCACUCGGAAAAGACCAGAGUCCAAACCUUCCAUCAACCUUGAGACUUUAGAAGUUCUCCCUGUGGAGGCAUCACAGGCUGCAGGCAAAGAGACUGUCUCCAAAGAUGUGCCUCAGACAGGAUGGGGAUAUUGGGGCAACUGGGGCAAGUCCUUACUCUCUUCAGCCUCAGCUACAGUAGCUACAGUAGGCCAAGGUAUUUCAAAUGUCAUUGAGAAGGCAGAGACUUCUCUUGGAAUUCCCAGUCCCAGUGAAAUUUCAACAGAAGUCCAGCAUGCAACAGGAGAGACAAAUGCCAAAGAUAACGCAAACUCCUCCCCAUUGACUGGGCCAUUUGGUGUAUUCUCGACCAUCUCUACUGCUGUUCAGACCACAGGAAAGAGCGUAAUCAGUGGGGGUUUGGAUGCCUUAGAAUUCAUUGGGAAAAAGACAAUGGAUGUAAUAGCAGAAGAGGAUCCUGGAUUUAAAAGAACGAAGGGUCUGAUGAACCGGAAUUCUACAUUGUCUCAGGUGUUAAGAGAGGCAAAGGAGAAAGAAGAGCUAUGGACCUCCAAUGAGGUUACCUUGGAAACAGACAAGAAAACUCAUUAUGGGCUACUCUUUGAUGAAUUUCAAGGCCUUUCGCAUCUAGAAGCUCUGGAGAUGCUUUCCCGAGAAAGUGAGAUGAAGGUGAAAUCUAUUCUUAAUUCUCUAAGUGGAAAAGAAUUAGAGACUCUGAAACAUGAAUUGGAGGAACUCAAGGAAGCAUUUUCCUUAGCAGAGUUCUGUGAGGAAGAGGAAGAAGAGAAAAAAGGGGAUGAAGACUUUACCAAAGAGAUAACAGAGCUAUUUUCCCAGCUUCAUGUCUCCUCCAAACCUGAGAAGCUUGCCAGGGUAAGUUAUUCUUG